AUGAGCGUUCACGGCUUCAAUGCGUCCGUCAGCGCUGGUUGGUACACCUUCUCCAACCUUGGACCCCUCACGACAACAUACACCCCUGAGGCACGAUGCACCGCCUCCAGCCAGAUGUUUCUCGGAUACCUCAACGACAUGCCGACAUACGGUGGCAAUAUCUACCCGGCGUGGAACGUCCAAUGUACGACCGAGGUCAACUACUAUGACGGCUGUGUCCCGACCAGCACCGAACCAGUAACGACAAAGCCACCGGCGUUUACUGGGAGCACAAUAGAAGAAUACGAGGAAUACCAAGAUGCCCAGAUCGACUGGCGAGGAUGGGAGGUGUACUACUCUCCCGGUCUGUACUGUCCCGCCGGCUGGACAACAAUCGGGAUGAUCGGCCGCGACAAAGGCGAUACGACGACGUCCUCGGGCAUCUUGUCGCCGUUGGUCUCGACCACCCAGACUGAGAACCCUAAGACCUCGGGGUAUUAUGACUACGAAGACCCCGCGUCGGUGGUGAAGAGUGUUCUCAAGCCUCAGCAGACGAUGGCGCUGUGCUGUCCCAGCGGCAUGAAAGCCGACACCGCAGGCAACUGCUACUCCUUCGUCAAAGACUACACCCCCACGUCCGGGUGCAUGCGAUAUACAGACUACGACUACGAGUACGGCUCGAGCACGGCAACGUGGACCAAUCCGAUUGAAGGCAGCACGAUUACAACGGUCGUCCCAACCCCGACCGAGACAAUCAGCACCGUCGAGGUUGAUACGACACGCCUCGACCCCGAUCAGGACUACUAUACGGGCAUGUUCUUUGUGCCGGUUGUUACGCUGUUGUAUCAUGAGGAUGACUUGGCUGGAGCCACUGGGACGGCGGAGGCGAAUGAGAGUAUGGGAUCGAGUGAGGAGGGUGAAAGUGACAGUGCAAGUGAGACUCCGUCGAAUGCUGCUGGGCGUCUGGGGGUAGGUGCCAGUCUUGCCGGUUGGGAGGGCUUCGGGUCUGUCGUUGGGGUUUGGCUUGCUGCUGCGGGGGUGGGCGCGGCCAUGGUUCUUCCAUGGUAA